AAGAGACUUCAUGGACUGCGGCCAGCGCCAGAAGGAAAUUCAAAUUUCUAAUCACGACCUAACGCGUGGUAAAUCCGUUCAGUUUUGAUUUUGAAGUGCACAGGAGCAGUCUUUCCGUGCUUGUGCGUAUACAUUAGCAUUACUUGUUGUUAAACAAGAUGUCGGAAAUAGUGACCAGCGCCAAGAAGAUGCCGAUCAAUACCGCCGAAGCAGACCACGUUGGACAUCAAACCGCGAAGUAGACCACCACCUGCACGAUGCGCAAUCAACCGGCAUCAAAACCGGGACAACUACAGAACACGAUGCAACCACGUCCACCGCAGCUCCCGGACAAGGUGGACCGCACCCCGGGGCCGCAGAUGAGGGUGAGCGACGUUCUGCGGUUCUGUUUCCCGCAGGACGACGUGCGCGCGCGGAACGAGAAAAACGAAUUCCAGAAGCGGCACGCGAAGGAAAACAAAAAGCCCGGCCACUUCUACGAGUUCAACCUGGCGGACGACUCCCCGUUCGGUCGGUUGGACUGUCUCGCCCUCUUCGGCCCCCUGUCGCCGGACGGCUACCUGUGCCAGAGUCUGUGUCUCCCCGGCUCGGGGCUGCAGUCGGUGCGGAAAACCCGGGCGUGUGAGGAGCGGAAAAGAGCGAAGGCAGUUGCGGAAAGAAGGAGGAUCGAGGACAUCCGGAAAGAACUCCGGCGGGCGUUGGGAAUCACGAGCGAAGAUGCAAGUGGAUUGAUGGCGUUAGGGAAGAUCACAGCACUUGGAGGUGCAGGUGCAGCCGAAGACGCAGGUGGUUUUCACGACGCCUCGUCUGGAGGUGCACAAGAAGCACACCUCGACCUCGACCCAACCACGCCCGCAGAUGAUCGACCAUCCGCUCGUCCUGAUCUUCCAGGUGGGACCUCCGCGCAAGUUCAAGUGAGCUUCGCCGAGCCCGCCCCAACCGAGCAGGCAAGUAUGACGCCGGCGGAUGACGCUUUUGCCGCAACUAUCAAAAGGAAAAAUCCCCCCUCCCCAUAUCGAAAAUGUAUGUUUCUAAAGAUUUCUGAUGCUGAUUUCUGACCACAAAUCCUGUCUCUCUUGCAAGAGGGCAAACUCAGAGACCCCGCCACGAUAUUCAGGCGGUUUGUAAUGCUGCAAAGCCUAUAGGGCAGAUGCCUGCCAUGCUAGGCGCCUACACCAAGAGGCCCUCCCUUAGGCUUACGAUCUGCGUGCAGUCCUUUACUGCAAGACAAAUGCGAUUUGUGUACUCAAAUACAGCAACGCAAAUUUGGUUUUCGAUAUGGAGCGGGGGGAUUUUUCCUUACGAUAGCGACCGACCUACUUUUCCCAGCGAAGAGAAGAUUCCGGCCACCCCGAACCGGACUGGCCAAAGACAUUGAGAUUGCGCGACCGGAAAGGAAGGAGCAAGAAGCGACAGGAACUAAAGCAGGCAAAGCCAAAGGCUCGUCUUCGGCCCCGGGGGGUCAAAAAUCAGCUGCGACCACCGGCGCUGCAUCUCCAUCUGUUGACAUUUUCGGGUUUGACGAAAAAGCAAAAACAAGCGCCGGCUCCAGCAACUUUUCAAAGACGAGGCUCCGACGUCCCGCGGAGCACUGGGAAGCACGGUUAUCAAAUGUAAAAAUGUCUGGGUCUGGAUGAAGAGUCGCGGCUUGUCAUGCAGGUUUUCCAUGACGCAUGAGGUCUGGAAUUGUGUACCUAGCACGACAAACUCUUCGAGGUCUCUAUGAUGCCUAUCCUGCAUGAGAAACUCCCUCCCAACUUGGUCGAAAGUUGACAGGUUUUGGCACUCAUGCAACACAGAUCUUUGCAUGAUUCUGAUUUAGGUUUAGCAUUACAAGUUCCACUCUUCCAGACCCAGACAUAUUUGCAAUCCAUAUCGGUUGCUGGAGAUCAAAAACGCCGACGAAAUGAUCGGGUCCAGCGAAGACCCCUACGUCAAGGGCGUGCGGCAGGAGCUUUUGAAUGCCAUCGAGAUGGAGCUGAUGGAUGAACAAGGAGGCCACGACGACGGAGGAGGUGCUCCAGCUACACGAGCUGGUCGUGGCCAUGAAGAUGACGACUCUUCUAGCUCGGACGAAGAGGUUGAUCGCGUUGUUGUCAACAUGGCUUCCUCACCAAGGAAGGGAGCGGUAGAAAGUCCUGCUCCGGGCGAUAGCAAUAGCGUUGACAAAGACCAUGACAAUCACGGCUCUCUUGAAGACGGCAGCACAUCGUCCCCUUCCCCCACCAAGAAAGCGGUCCACCACCAGAGUAAAGCCAACGCUCGGGCCGAGAAAGCGCGGCGACUGUUGCUACAGGAGCUGAACCUGCGCAGGGAGGAGGACAUUCGUCCGGGGCGACGGCUGAAGUACGACGUGGGCAUCGUGAAAAACAACAAGGCCCUCGCGGACGCAGAGGCCAGUGUAUGGGAGGGUGCGCUGAACCGGGUGCGGAAUCGGGACGAAAUCGAGCAGAAGUGUAUCACACCAAAAAGUGUUGACGUUAACGGAAUUUGGCAUGCAGGAAUACACGAGAAACUAUGCCCAAAUUUGUAUUGCAUAGCAUGCAUGAUAGUGAAAAUUUGUCAUGCAUGACGGCAAUGCCCCAAAAGCAAAACCGUUAAAACACUUUUAUUCUUUGCUUGAUAAAGUGGAUUCAGAGCAUCGUAGACGAGCUCGAGGAGCUGAGCCCGGCGGGAGCCGGGCUUGGAGGUUCUGCACAGAUAGACGCCAGCAUCAGCAACGGCAAGAAAACUGAAGCAGGAACCACUGUGCCGGGGGAUGCAAAUACGGAGGAAAUGGAUGUUCAGAAACGCCGGGCAGUUGCAAUUCAGCAGAGGAGGCUGACGAAUCAAGAAGUAAGUGCCGCUGAUCCGCUGAUAUAGUACAAAAAGCGAAUGCGAAAGAUGAAAGCUUUUGUUGCUUGAUAGUGCUACUUAUGCUUUGUACUAUCUCCCGCGAUGAUGAAAAAGAAAAUGUAUGAAAAGCGAAAAGCAAAAAAUAAACCCAUCAGAUCUACACGAUGUACCGGGAGGUGCACUUGCACAAGUGGCGCAAAGUGUUUCCGCAGUACACCGGGUGUUUCGACGACCUUUUGUCCCUUACUCUUGGCCUCGUCGACACCGUCAAACUCGGCGCGGAGAAGCUCCAGCAGCGCCCCUCCGCAGUGCCGAAACCCUACCUCGCCAACCUGGGCCAGGCGCCGGACGCGCUCACCGCCGGCAAAAACACGGCGCACUGCGUCCCGCCGUAUGGACGGGACUCGUGGCGCGCCUCGUGGCGGAACGAGGGCGUGUACGGGGCCAUGUUGGAGCACGAGCGGAACCAGUGGUCCCAGGUCCCGGACGUGAAGGAGCGGAGUGCGAAGCGAAAGGACCACUUCGAGCAGAGACUGAAAAAAAAACUCUCCGCCGUAGACGGCAUCAAACCGAGUGGCGAGAAGUACAAAAACGCCGAGAAAAUCCGGAACAUGCGAAAGGAAAUCCAGCAGGAAGUUUUUUCCCCCGGACUAGCGACGCUACCCCGAGACGCUUUCUUGCAGCGGGGCGGGGGGGAGUUGAGUGUGGAUCUGACGGCUUCUUCGCCGUUGAAUCGUGCUGGUGACGGAACAAAGAGUACAUACGUGAUGGUGCCGAAGGGAGUUGUUGCUGGAGGAGGUAAAAACGUCGACAGCUCCGACCACCUGGUCCAGCCCAUCCGGCGACUAGAUCUUCCGAAACACUCGCCACGGGGGAUCAUAAACAAUGGCAAAAAUGUACCUGCUGUUGCGUCGAACAAGAACAACAGCAAAACUCACCGCAAAACCAACACGAGUUCGACUUCAAACCGUGUUUCGAAUUGCGUUUACACGGUUGAAGACGUUUUGUAUUUCCUGCAGAAUUGCAUCGUCAGCGACUGGCAAACCGGUGCGUCCCCGCGAAACCACUACAAUGUGGAUAAAGUAAAGGCGAUCAAUGUUGAUGUUCCUGACCUGUCGGUGUCCUCGUCCUCUCCACCCGGUCCUACCACGACUACCCAGUUGCUGACGACCGACCAAGUGAUUGAUUUCAAGCGAUUCCAGGCGAAGGUGGUGGAGAAUUUGAAAAAUCGGUUCGAAAAGGCGAAGUUCCUCGUGCAGAAAGUUCGGGACCCGUCGCUGCUCGCCCAGGACUUCACCGAAGCGAGAAAAAACGCGGAGUUUGUCAAGGAAAAAACCAUGCCACCUAUUCCAGUCACGCCGUCCAUCGCACAACAAGUGGAAGCCUAUGUGCGGGAGAACGGGGCCUUCAUGGUACACCCGCUGCCGGGCAAGAUGAAGCCGUCGCCGCGGGGACGGAGCAAGUCGCCGCAGCCGCGGUCACCCCGGCACAAGCGGGAGCCGGCGUUGAAACUGCCGCACUUGAGCGGGAAUGGCGGCACUGGAACCCACAAUUGGUGGGCAUUGUGAAUUCUUUCUGUUCUUGAAUGAAUUCUUACUCUUUAUGGUAAGUUGUAUGAUUUUUCAGCCUGCUGUCAUUUGACUUGCUUUUGUUUCUUGAAAUUGACUGUACUUUACUUAAGUUGAUAUUGUGAGAUCAUGCCCGCGAAGGUCAACGUUGGUUGACGCGGGAACAAGUUUCGUGUACUUGUAGGAUGUAUUGGCCGAGAAGCCACAGAAACAGCCCCAGGAAAACAAUUCUAACACUGUGAAUGGAGCGGGUUACUGUGGAUGGAGCACAGUGGAGGUGGUUAUUAGGCUUCAAACAAAAAAUGACAUUUUUUGGACACGCUAUAAUCAGUUGUAGUUGGUGGUAAUAUUGCGUUUAGCUUUCUGUUCGAAUCUGAGUCGGGCACGGAUUCGCUCCUGCUCCAGGCUAUCGAUAAUUGUGGUUUUUCUUCUUGUUCGUCGUUGUGACAUGUGCGUCACGGAGAACACGC